AUGUUCACACCAAUGGGGCAACGUUGGAUGCUGGCCCAGAUUCAUUGGUGGGGUGGGUGGGCCAUUGGCAAACAUCAUGAUACAUUAAUUAGGUACCUUUUAGACGAACUGUACAUAUACGAGGAGGAUCACAGCGACGCUUUGUGUCCUGUCAAUUACGAAGCUAACAUGUCGCAUAUGGGCGAGGCAGCAGAGCAGCGGCGGAUGUUUGAUGAAAUGCGCGGCCUGAUCAAUGCAAGGCCUAUCAUGCCCUGCAUGCAAUACCCUCCUGGUAUGCCAUCUGCCACGCCACAAAGACAGUUGGUCAGCCCCUGCCCUCCGAUCUUCAGCCACCAAUCGAAUGGGCAUCAGUCGGCAGCAAUCAACCACAGGCCUGUCAUGUAUCCCCUCCAAAACUCCUCAUUGAUGAAUGCCACGUCCGUGGGUGUGGGGUUGCCAAUUCCCAUUGAGCCAUCUGCCGUUGUGCCCGACAUUAAUCACAAGCUGGGUGCGAAAGCUUGGAAGCAGGUUGUCCAUGACUGGGAGUAUCCCAAUCCAAGCCAGAAGCACUUCACAGCUCUGAAGGACUGGAGGCACGAGUGGCACACAUCGAGCCGCCAAAGCCAGCUAUGGGGCCAGCAUAGAACGAUUGCACUGGAGUUCAUUGUUGAAUAUGGACGGGAUGAAGAAUUGUUUAAGGAAGCCUACCCAGAACACAAGGAGGGGAUAACCGCUCUCCUGCAGGCGAUUCAUGCAAAAGGGCAAGCAGAAGGAAAAAUCCUAACACGCAAAUGUGGCAAGGUUGUUGGCUAG